UUCUUGUGUAUUAUUGAAAUUAUUAAGAACUUGUCAUAAAAUUAUUUAUUAACAGUAAAUCAUAUAAAAAUGUCAAGUUUGGCAUAAGCUGCUUUAAAAUCUGCUUAUUAACUUUAUCUAUAGAUGAUCGGAAGAUCAGAAGUGAAUACAAAAUUGUUCUUACCAGUAAAGAAAGGAGGAAGUUAUUCAAACGAACGUUCUGGCUUCAAAGAGGUUCAAAAUAAUUAUCACUGACAAAAAAUCUCUAUUGAAGAUAAACACAAAAGUUCUGAUUCACCAGCAAAGAAUUAUGUAGUCAGCUGAAACAACAUCCGUAUUGGCAAUGAUCACAUCCUGCAGGAGAAUUGAUCAGUCGAUACGAUUAAAAGAGAGCCUGAAAAUAUAAUCCCUGCUAGGUUGAAUCGAUCAAAUUAUAUCCAUAUAAAAUAGUCCUGGAAAACAGCAAAUUAUUACGAAGGACGUUCAGAAAGCAAGGGAGAAUGUUAUCAAUACUUAUAAAAAGUUAUUCCAAAACCAAGACUUGACAAAUUUCAAAUGCAAAAACUUUAAUUCCUGAUCUCCUGUGAAGGAGAAUAAUUGUACUAACCUUGUGCCUCACCGAGUCAAAUUGAUAAGUUCAACAGAGUCUUCAUUAAGAUCAGGUAGCAUAAUGGCUGCUCUGAGAGCCAAUUUUAAAGUAUCCCAAGAGAAAAAUAGCACUAAAAAAGGCCAUAAAAAUAAGAUUAUUAAAGAAGCAAGGUCCAAGCAAGCUGAUCUUGAAGGAUUUCAUAAGUUCUUCAAGAUAGAGAAGGUAGAUGCGAAGGAAAAGAAGGAGCUUAUUGAGAGACAGCUCAGCUUGGGACUUAGCUCUAUUGAGCAUGAUAAUUUGACAAAAGAGCUUGUAGAUAGAACUGAUCAUACUCCUUCCAAUUCCUCCUCAAGGAGGAAUUUGUUCUGGAAUACUGAGUAUAUUAACAAUAAGAGAAGCAUGGAGAUAGAAGAAAAUAAGGCUAUUGCUUACAGGAAUCAACUGGCUAUUUCAAGGCCUGUAUAUAAACCAUCUGGAGCUUACAAAUCGUGAGUAAAGGAUGAUAGAAAACCUUCAGUAGAGAAGAAGCCAACAAAUGAUAUUAAUAGCGAUCUUUGCUGUGUUAUUGAAAACACUAACUUUUCUAGCACAAAAGAGUCGUCUGAAAAAGAUCCUCUAAUUUGAUAUGGGUUAAGGAAAACAUCUAGUUAUAGCCCUUCCAAAAUCACUCGCUCAAGAAAUAAAACUAAGGAGCAAUGGCUGGUAGGCUCUGCCAGACCUAAGAGCAAGACAAAAAUUCCAAAAACCAUUAAGAGCAUUCCUGUGAAAACAAGAGUGUUUGACUCAGCCGUUUUGGAAAACAAUAAUCCGUGUUUUGGAUAUAUUCAGACUUUAAAAUUAAAUCAUUUUAAAGCUGAUAAUCAAGAAUGCCUGAAAAACAAUAUGAACAUUCUUGACAGUAAAAUGAAGCAGGAUUCUAGCACCCACAGCCAAUCUACAAUUGCAGGAAUUUGAGGGCACAGAUCUUCUGAGAGGUCAGAUGCGAUGUGUAAAUUCUCAACCAAUAUGUAUGAUAUAAAGCUUCCUGACCUUUCAGUAUCAAAGAAAAAUAAUGCCACUCAGUGUCUGUUUUAUAAAAAUAGGAACUCGUUGAAGUCCCCAAAGAUUAAGAAGAAGAAAAAGCUGUUGCAGGAAAAGAAGACGAGUCAAAAAUCAUCUGGAGUUGUCAACCAGAUUAUUAUCUUCAAUAAUAUCACAAUUAAUGGAGAAUCUAGCUGUUUCCAAGAUGAAAAUUCUGAGGAAACUGCUUAUAGGGAUACCUCACAUUUUUCAAGAAGCAAGAGAUCAAAGUCAAAAAGAUUGACAUUUAAUAAGUUUAGAAUGAAGCUUUAAAAAUAAAUUUCAAUA